CAAAUGGCGAUUGCCAAAGCUGGGCCCUAAUUGGGCCCCACAGUCAAAUGGAUGGCUAAGAUUCCUUAUCUGGAAAAUCCGCCAUUUCAGAAGGGGUAGUGUGACAGACAGGACAUGUCAUUGAAUCAUGACAACACAACACGAACAUUUGCAAUUGCAACUGCGGUGUCUCCCCCCAUGGAUGCCUCUCUCGUCAUCAACCAGAGUCUCUCUCGCAUCCACUUCCCUCCAAAGACGCGCCCCUUUCCCCCUCCUCCUCCCUUCUCCGUCCAGUCUUUUCCCACCACACUGACCCAUAAAUCGCUCUCUCUCCGUCCAGUCCUCGCCGUAAAUCGAAACUACGAAGUAGCCGCCGUGGAAGAGGAUGAGUCUUACGGUGAAGUGAACAGGAUCAUCGGGAGCCGGGUGGCGGAAUCUGGUGCGGCCAUGGAGUACCUAAUCGAGUGGAAGGACGCCCCCCCGCCGUCGUGGGUUCCCGCCGGCUACAUCGCCAAGGACGUCGUCGCCGAGUACGAGACGCCGUGGUGGAAUGCCGCCAAGAAAGCCGACGAGCAGGCGCUCAGACAGCUCCUGGAGACGGCGGAGGCCGACGGCCGCGACAUUAACGCCGUUGACGGCGACGGAAGAACCGCCCUCCUCUUCGUCGCCGGUCUCGGCUCCGAGCCCUGCGUCAGGCUCCUAGGGGAAGCUGGAGCUGAUCUGGACCACCGGGAUAGUAACGGCGGUUUAACGGCGCUUCACAUGGCGGCGGGGUACGUGAAGCCGGCGGUGGUGACGGCGCUUCUGGAGAUGGGGGCGGAUGCUGAGGUGGCAGACGACAGAGGGCUAACGCCGUUAGAUUUGACGAGGGAGAUACUGAAAGUGACGCCGAAAGGGAAUCCAAUGCAAUUCGCUAGAAGAUUGGGGCUAGAGAGUGUGAUGAGGUUAUUGGAAGGGGAGGUGUUCGAGUACGCGGAGGUGCAGGGGAUCGUGGAGAAGCGAGGGAGAGGAGAACACGUGGAGUAUCUGAUCAAAUGGAAGGACGGUGGAGAUUGCGAGUGGGUGAAAGCUGCUUACGUGGCGGAAGAUCUGGUGAGGGACUACGAGGCUGGUUUAGAGUACGCCGUAGCGGAGGAGGUAACUGGGAAGAGGACGGGGGACGAUGGGAAGACGGAGUAUCUAGUCAAAUGGACGGACAUGGAUGAUGCCACGUGGGAGCCUCUGGAUAACGUCGAUCCUGACCUUGUUAAGGCCUUUGAAGAGGCCCAGUCUAAUGGGUCGGUUAAUUUGAAUGGCCCAUCAGGCCCAACUGGUAUAUGACUAUUAUAAUACUACAGGUGCUGUUGUCGUUUUGGUGGGAAUAUGAAUUAUUAUGGUUUUAUUCUGCACUUUUAAUUCCCUAUGGUUUGUUCCUUCAUUGGUUUGGGAUGCACAUAAUUUCUUAUCCCAAAACCGAGAGUUACAUUUUGGUGUUUUAUAAUUUUUUCGCGGUUACGAGUUGAGUGAAUACAAUUUUUAAUCA